AUCCGUCCAGGUGUGGCGAAUGAUGUGGCCAUCCUUCAGAAUCUCAACUGAUUUCUCCACGAAUGAUUCACUAUUCUUGGAAUGCAAUUUCAUUCUCAAUCUCAUGUGGCCUUCAUAAUUUGUAAGACAGUUUUCUAUAGAUCAAGAGAACGUUUCUGUAAGUUUCGAUCGAUCAGUUUUCUCACGGUGUGGAGAUUUCUCAACUUGUUCGACAAUGGCUGAUAAGGUGCUGGUGAUUGGCGUCGAUGAGACUGAGCACAGCUUCUACGCCUUGAGGUGGAUGCUCCAACAUUUCUUUGGCCCUAACGAUAUUCCUCACAAUCUUGUUAUUGUCCACGCUAAACCACCUCCUUCUAGCGUUCUUGCAAUUUCCGGUCCAGGCGCCGAGAAUGUUUUGCCCUUGCUAGAUGAAGAUUUGAAGAAAAUUGGUAACAGGACUGUCCAAAGAGCCAAGGAAAUAUGCAUUGAACACAAGGUCCAAAACGUGACGACUGAAGUUGUGGAGGGUGAUGCCAGGAAUGUAAUGUGUGAUGCAGUAGAAAAGCACCAUGCGUCCCUUUUGGUUGUUGGAAGUCAUAACUAUGGAGUAGUGAAAGGGAUGAACCUGGGCAGUGUAAGUGCCUACUGUGCUCACCAUGCCCAUUGCUCUGUUAUGAUUGUGAAGAGGCCACCCAAACCCAUGGAGUGAACCAAAUCUAUUUUUGUAGAGAAUAAAAAGGUCACUGAACGGGUCAGGAUUUCUUGUCUUAGGCUCCGUUGAUUCCAUCUUGUUCCUGUCUUUAAAAAUUAGGUUUCUUUUUUUUGGUGAAAAUUGUAUUUGUCUUGAUUGACAAUUUUUAUUUUUAUCAAGUAUCAUGGAAUAAUUUAUCUUGAAUAACAAGCUAAAGU